GUGGCUGAAUUCUAAUCCCUGUAAUGAGCAUUGCAGCCAAUACCAGUUCUGAACUCUACCCGGUGACCACGGGCCAGGACCUUUAUAAGGUGGAAGGCUCGGUGUCUUCCCCAGACUCAGCUCCUGGUGAAGCUCCCAGCCAUCAGCCAUGAAGGUCCUGUAUCUCCUCUUCUCGUUCCUCUUCAUAUUCCUGAUGCCUCUUCCAGGUGUUUUUGGUGAUAUAAGGAAUCCUUUUACCUGCGUUAGGAGCGGUGCCAUAUGUCAUCCAGGCUUUUGCCCUAGAAGGUAUAAACAUAUCGGCGUCUGUGGUGUCCCUCUAAUAAAAUGCUGCAAAAAGCCAUGAGGAGGCCAAGAAGCUGCUGUAACUGAUGUGAAUUCAGAAAGGGCUCCCUCAUCAGAGAUGUGCGACAUGUAAACAAAAUUAAACUGUGGUGUUCAGAUUUAC